AUGACGGGCACGACGGUCCUCCCCCGAGGCUUUAAAUCAUUACAAAAGUGGCUACAAGUCGAAAAGUCACGUUUUUCCGCCUCCCCCAUUUUGCUACUGGAAAGCACCCCCCAUCACCAGGCAUCCAAUCCGCAUGUAGCCAAAGCGUGCCAACACGUCAAAUUUCUGUUGUCCCAACAACUAGGCUUCCGAGUCGUCCAAGGACGCCCCGCUGGUGCCUAUCCAACAUCUGAAGAUGUGAUCAAACAGCUCGAGAUGGCCGCCAGGGUUGGUGCUGGUACGGUGGUGGCCGUCGGUAGCGGUACCGCCAUGGAUUUAGCCAAAACGUUGGCGACUUCAGUGGACGAAAUUCUGAUGAUACCGGCAACGUACGGAGGUGUGCUAGCAAGCUCAACUCCACAUGCGCUCCUUUUGGAUGCCAAAGAAGAAACUCUCGUUCUACCUCAUAAUGACAAUUCUUGGAAUGGUAGCGAGCAACAGCAAUCCGCAAGCUGCCCGAGAACGAUUGGCCUACUUGAACCCAACUUAAUGGAAACAGGAAACUUUCACGACGCAGCUUUGGCGACGAUAUCACUCUUACUCGACGCUGCAUAUCGAAAAGUAUUACCGGAAGAAACACUCCCCAAAUACGUCGACAAACUGUUGUCACACGAUGGCCCCGAUGAUGAAUACUUAUUGUAUGCCUUGAUAAAGGCCGGUCAAGACACAAGCUUUGGUUUGGAAAGUCAAGAUCGUUCCAUCCCGAUUGCCUUGCUAGCAUCCCUCUUGCCAACUUCGUUUGCCGAUCAAUCCACACUUACAUUCUUGGCGGGCCUGGCUCCGUCCAUGCACUCCUUGACUGGUGCCGACGCCGUUGAUCCUUCUAAACUGCAAAGCGCUCCAAAGCUUAUUGUGGCGAAUGAGACUGUUGCGGAUCUUAUGGCAUUGGUGCGGACGAACCAAUCACUAUGGAGAUGUCGAGAUGCAACAAGCCGUGCUUUUUUGACAGUCCUCAACGAGCAUGUGCUAUUGCAGUAA